UCCUUUCUUGGGCGGGCCCUCGGAGAAGUAGGUACAAUUUCAAAUGGUCACAUUCUACUGGAACAUCAACGAAAGAAACGAGUUAAUAUUGAUGGGUUUAAAUAUAUUUCGUUGAUAUUUUAAAAUUUUUUAGCAUAAACGCCAAAUAGUGUUGUUGGAUAUUUUUUGAGGUACCUACCAAUAAAACAGAUAUAAAGUAAGUGUACAUUACUUUCAAUCAUUCAAAUAUUUGAUAAAUUCUUCGGGCAUUACAGUAUGUUUCCUGAACUCUUCCCAAUUGGGUCUCAGUACGAACGACAAGAAUCGAGUUGGGGUGAAGGAGGUUUUGGAAAUGAAACAGUAGUCGAUAGAGUUCCAGCAGAUAUGAUGCAUUUGAUCGAUCCUUCAUGGUAAGCGAAUUACAAAAACAUCAAAUUUAAAUUUUAAAAUGCAUAUUGUGUUUUUAAGGUAUCAGUUUCCUCCAAUGGAAUCAAUGUGGUACAAAUGGUUGGGUAUUACUACUUUCUUCUUGGGUGCAUUAUCAGUCACGGGCAAUGGAAUCGUGAUAUACAUAUUUACCUGUACAAAAAAUCUAAGAACACCUUCUAACCUGCUGGUAGUGAAUUUGGCAUUUUCCGAUUUUUGUUUAAUGUUCUUCAUGUGUCCACCAAUGGUUUGGAAUUGUUUAUAUGAGACAUGGCUGUUUGGUAUUAUACUUAUAACGAUUAUACAGUUAUUUUUUAAACUCAUUACAUAUACCUACUUUAUUUAAGGACCUUUUGGUUGUGAGCUAUACGCUAUGAUUGGAUCUCUGUUCGGAGUGACAUCAAUAUGGACUAUGGUCUUUAUAGCUUUAGAUCGUUAUAAUGUUAUAGUCAAGGUAUGUACAAAUACAUUUAAACAAUCAUUUAUUUGAGGUAAUUUGCAUAGCAACAUUUAUAUUUAUGCUUAGGGAUUAUCUGCAAAACCAAUGACAACAAAGUUAGCUUUAUUACAAAUAUUUUUCAUAUAUAUGCAUGGAUUAAUUUGGACUUUAGCACCAUUUUUUGGAUGGAGCCGGUAAAUAAAAAAUUUUUAAAAAAUAAUAAUAAUAAUAAUAAUUUCAUAUGUUAAAGAUAUGUACCAGAAGCAAAUAUGACAGCAUGUGGCACUGAUUACUUAACUCUGACAAUGUCAAGUCGUAGUUAUGUUUUAUUUUAUGCUAUAUUUGCAUACUUUGUACCAUUGUUGAUUAUCAUUUACGCAUAUUAUUUUAUUGUGAAGGCAAGUUUAAAAAACAUUUCAUAAAUCACACAAAACCAUAUUAAAAUAGUAAACACAAUCUAAAUAUAAAAUCACAAAAAAAUUACCUUCUUAAUUUAGUAAACACUAAAUAUGUACUUCAGUAACUGUUUUUUUUUUAAACAGUAAUAGUAUAGAGAUAGUAAUAUUUUCACUGAAAUAUGUACUUGUGGAAUUAAAAGGCAAUUUUUUAUUUUUAGUAUUUUUUAUUUUAUUAUAAUAUAAUUCAUGAGCAGUAGUGUUGGGACAUAUAUUAAAAAUUUUAAAUAUUAGGUUAACUGGAUUGCUAUAUCCGGAUAAUUGAUUUCCGUGAAGUCCGAAUAUUCUUGAUUAUCCAUAUUAUCUAUAUUUUAAUGUUUAUUAUGUUCGGAAACAUUGUUAACAUUCUGUACUUUCAAUGUUUUCCAAGUACCUAUGUAUUUUAAUUUUAAUAUAUGAGUAACCAUUUAUAUCCCCAAAAAAUAUUCUUAAUUACAUUUUAUAUGAAUAUAUUUAAUUAGUAAAAAUAUCUGAAUAGCAGAUACAUAUGUAUAUAUUACAUCUAAUAUCUGGAUAGUAUAUUAUCCAAAUAUAACCAGAUAGUACGAUUAUUCAAAUUGUUUUUUAAUCCGGAUUUUAAAAUACCUGAGUAUCCGCAUAAUCCCAACACUAAUUUACCGUGGCGCCCAAACUACACAUGGAAUGUAAAAAUUGCUACACAUCAUAUUUUGGGUGGGCGAGUGUUUCUGGUAAUUAGAAUUUGGGAUAGUCAAAGUAGAAUAAAUAUGAACAUUUAAGUUAUACUUUUCAGUUUUUAGGUAGUAAAAUAUAUACAAAUGUUUUUGAGGACAGUGGUGGUUUUGAAUUUAAAAUUCUGCUACACCAUAAAAAUAGUUUCGGCGCCAUCGUUCAUGAGUACUAUUAUUAUUAAGUUUUUAAAUAACAUUUUGAAAUAUGAAAUAGGCAGUAGCAUCACAUGAGAAAUCUAUGAGAGAACAAGCAAAAAAAAUGAACGUGACAUCUUUGAGAUCAGGUGAUCAGAGUAAUACUAGUGCAGAAUUUAAGCUGGCUAAAGUGGCUUUAAUGACAAUUUCCCUGUGGUUCAUGGCUUGGACUCCAUAUUUAGUGAUUAAUUGGGCUGGAAUAUUUCAAUUACUUACAUUGGACCCAUUAUUCACAAUCUGGGGUUCAGUUUUUGCCAAAGCUAAUGCUGUAUACAAUCCAAUAGUAUAUGCAAUUAGGUAAGUAGAUUAAAAGAAGUUAAAAUAAUAUUUAAAAAUUAUGUUAAUUUAUUUAUUUUUCACAGUCAUCCAAAAUAUAGAUUGGCGUUGAAUAAGAAGUUCCCGUGUCUUGUGUGUGGACAAUUGGAAGAUGACAAGAGUGACUCAAAAUCGGUUGCAUCUGCUCUAACAACCAUAUCCGAAGACAAAGUCUAAAAUAUUUUAACUGAAUGGAAUAUGUCAAAACAAAGUUAUCUAUAUGAUAACUUAUGUACUCUAUAUGUUGUUUAUAAUUUAUACCUUUAUUUUAAUUUUCUACGUAUUUUCCUUAUCCAUUGGGAUUGGUUUUGUUUCAAAGCGGCUUCUAGUGUAUUCUUGACAUGAACCAAGUUCAAUGGAUUUGUUUGUAGAAAUAAUGAUUCGGUAAAAUUAUUUUUUUCUAAAUCUAAUCUCAACGUUAUAACUGGUAUGGUUUGAUGUAAUAAAGAUCUGGAUCCCAUCUGUACACAUAUUAUAUAUUAUGUUGAUUAGUUGUGUUUACAUAUUUACUUAUCUAUAUGUCCUACCUGAUGAAUGUUAAAUAUUAGACUUUGGUAUUCAAAAUGUAUUAAUAAUAUUUAAACAUAAUAUAGAACAUCACCUAAUGUUUAAAAAAAAAACAAACUUAUAUUUACAUUAAUGACUAUCUACAUAAUAUAUUAACUAUCUAGUUUAUUUCCAAUUAUGUCUUUUUUUUGUUUAUUAAUUUGUAAUCGUAUUGUGAAAUUUAAAUUAUAAGUUCAUAUUAUUUUAAUAUUUUCCAGUAUACAGUCAAUUGUUUUUUUUUCUUAUGUUUGAAUAAUAUUUCUACACAAUUUAUCUUUUCACAAUUGUUUGGUACUGGACAUUGUAAAGAGUAAUAUUAUUAUGUAUGACGUAAUACAUGAAGUUGUUUUACUUUUUGAUUUAGACAAAGUAAUUGUAUAAAAUGACUAAUCUACAACUUACAUCAGUUUCAAAUCGCCAUUCCAGUUCCUUGAAGUAUGGAUAAACAAAUGCACUGGAUGAAAGAAUAUCUUGUACAUAUGUUUUUUGACUUUCAAAAAAUAAAAUUAUCAUUUCCAAUUUAAAUUCAUUGAAACCAUAUUCUGUUAGUGAUUCUUUUAUUUCCACAUCAGUUAGCUAUAUCAUAAAAUAAAAUAGAUGUUAACAACUAGAUAUAUGUUAAAUUAAAAAAAAAAAAAAUAAAACUUACUUUACGCUUACAGCUUUGUACACACAUAAGACAUAUGCUUUUUACAAUUGAUGCAAUAUUUUCCUCGUCAAUCUCCAAUUUUUCUUAAAUAAAAUUUAUUUUAUUUUUUAUUUAUUUUC